AUGGUUGCGGGAAGUAUUCGAGUAGCGUUUACGGAAACGGAAUGGGCUAGAGUCACAACACUAUUUAGAAGUGACGAUUUAGAAGAUCUUAAGCAAGCAGUUGCUAUAUUCUGUUGCUGGCGAGCGAGGUCUGGGUUGGCGCUCCAUAUCGCUGCCGAAAUUUCUGAUUUGAUACUUAGAUCAAUAAUAGCCGAUAAAGAAACGGAUGAAAAUGAUUGGUUCGCUAUAGGAAAUCUUUUGCUGGUAUAUAACAGUGCGAUUAUAAGGUUAUUUUUCGAAACGAUUGUGUCGCAAUGUAAUACUGCUUCCACCGGUUACGAAGAUGUCUCCAAGCUGCGCGAUCUGAUGCUAUCAUCGACAGUACUAGAAACCAAUCCUUUUUUCCAUCGUCAAAGUCCAUAUAUUGCUAGUCCACAUAUACGUUUAAAAUCUUUUCCGACAGUGCCAGUCUAG